ACCGUUGUUUUCUCCAUUCAAAAUCCCACUCUACCAGAGUGAGAAUCGGUCUCAUAGAACCCUAAACACUCAUUUCCCCUAAUUCCAUCUCCACAGAUCCCAUCAACUUCUGGCGAUCUGAGAAUCUUCACGACGAUGCAAGAUUUCUUCGGAUCUGUUCGUCGAUCCUUGGUAUUUCUAGCGCCCGACGGUGACGACGGUGGGAAGUUCGGUGGCCUUGUCGAGAGGAUUGGCUCCAGCAUCCGAAAAUCUCGAAAUGGACUGUUUUCUAAGCAUUCAGUGCGGGCUUUGCCUCCGGUUGCGAAAGAAGAUGCGCCUCCGAUUUGGUGGCGGAAGGGAGAGUUGAUUGGAUGCGGUGCUUUUGGUCGAGUUUAUAUGGGGAUGAAUCUCGAUUCUGGAGAGCUUAUUGCAAUCAAACAAGUCUCAAUUGCGGCUAAUAGUGCUUCAAGGGAGAAAGCGCAGGCUCACAUACGGGAGCUGGAGGAGGAAGUGAAGCUUUUGAAGAACCUUUCUCACCCCAAUAUUGUGAGAUAUCUGGGAACUGCUAGAGAGGAAUCUUCAUUAAAUAUUCUAUUGGAGUUUGUUCCUGGAGGAUCAAUAUCAUCUCUGUUAGGGAAAUUUGGGUCUUUCCCUGAGUCUGUUAUGAAAACCUACACGAAGCAGCUAUUAUUGGGACUUGAGUACCUUCAUAAGAACGGCAUUAUGCAUAGGGAUAUAAAGGGUGCAAAUAUUCUUGUAGACAAUAAGGGGUGCAUUAAACUUGCAGAUUUUGGUGCAUCCAAGAAAGUAGUUGAGCUGGCAACUAUAAAUGGAGCCAAAUCAAUGAAGGGAACUCCGUAUUGGAUGGCUCCUGAAGUUAUUCUCCAGACCGGACAUAGCUUCUCUGCUGAUAUAUGGAGUGUGGGGUGUACUGUUAUUGAAAUGGCAACGGGGAAACCUCCAUGGAGCCAACAGUAUCAAGAGGUUGCUGCUCUUUUCCACAUAGGGAAUACUAAGUCCCAUCCACCCAUUCCUGAGCAUCUAUCUGCUGAGGCGAAAGAUUUUCUGUUAAAAUGUCUACAAGAGGAACCAAACUCAAGACCUACUGCAUCAGACUUGCUGCAGCAUCCAUUUGUCUCAUGUGAGUAUCAAGAGCCUCACGCAGCAGUCCGUGUCUCUUCUUUGGAAUCUGGGAAACAGAUGGCUGAUUCUAGGCUGAAUUCUAAGGAUAUAACAAAGUCUAUAAUCCAACGUUCAACUUGUGAGGGCUUGAAGGAUAUUUGUGAAAUGGGUAGCUUGAGGUGCUCUUCUGUAUUUUCUGGGAACUAUGAGGUACGGUCCAACUGGGGAUCGAGCAAUUUUGAGGAUGACAUGUGCCAGAUAGAUGAUAAAAAUCUGUUUGCUAGUUCAUCGAUAAAGUACAAAUCUAUUAUAUCAUCAAAUGAUUUGAAUAAGAGUUUCAAUCCCAUGUGUGAACCCACUGAUGACUGGGCAUGUAAAUUGGAUGAGAGCUCAGAGCUGAGAGGCAAUUUAAUGGAAUUGUCUGGUAUUCGAACUGGCCAGGAAUCUACUAGCAAGGGAAAUGACUUCACUUUUCCAUGUGGUCAAUCAACAGCUGAGGAUGACGAAGAGGUUACAGACUCGAAGAUUCAAGCCUUCCUGGAUGAAAAGGCUUUGGAAUUGAAGAAGCUACAAACGCCUUUAUAUGAAGAGUUCCGCAGCACGGUUAAUGCAGCUAAUGCUUUAGGAGCAGUUGGCACUGAGAAUAGCAAGAGUGUAUCUAAUUUUUUGAAAUUGCCUCCCAAAUGUGGGUCACCAAGUAAGCUGCGUGGUAAAAGACUCUCAUCAAUUGAUGCUGGUAACUGUUCCAGCCGUCAGAGCCGUAUAAAACAAGCUAGCAUAUUGCAAGAUCGAGCUCUGCAGGAAAUUCAGUCGCCUCAAAUUGGGGAAUGGAACAAAUUGCUUCAUACACAGCCAGAGUCUUGCACACCAACGUUUUUCUCUGAGAGACAAAGGAAAUGGAAAGAAGAGCUUGAGGAAGAACUUAAAAGGAAGCGAGAAAUGAUGCGGCGCGGAACUGUAGGAGCAAUUCACUAAAAGUUACCAUCUUCCAUGGAUCAGAAACUAAAAACAACAAAAACCACGGUGAAUCUCACAUCCCCUGGCAGUAAAAAGUUGUGUAGCCAAUGGAUAACUGUUAAUACUAUGCAGGGAUAAAAUUGCCUUCUCAUCAUUGCAAUUUGUUAGAAAUGUAUGUACACACACUAUCAUCACCAGCAAAGAAAUGGUGGGUGCUCCACAAAUCUUGUUCAUGAUCUCAGCACAGAGCCACAAUGUCACAACGAAAGUCGUAUGUUUACAUUUCUUUCACUUGAUUAUUAAUAUUUGCAUCCUCCUCCUCCUCCCCGCCACACUCGGUGUCAGUGGUUCCUAUUAUCUUCUAUGCUAUUUAUGAAAAUUUAUUGUAAGCCUCUUCUGUCUGAUCUUCUCAAUGAUUGACAUACCACAAACAACAGCUUCCAGGUUUGAAAUAUUGUCAUCAACUUUAGAUUUUGAUUCCUUAAGCAGUUCAACAAACCUGUGAAUUUAUAUAAAUUCAUAAGCCACGAGUGUUCAUA